UGCGCACCAGCAAUCCAUAUUUCCUCUGCUCCGCCUUGCCCACACACUGGCGUUCAAAUAAAACCCUGCCGAUUGCCUUUAAAGUUGUGGCCCUGGUCGAUGUGGGAGAUGGUACCAAUGUUUAUAUCCGUGCCGGCAACGAUGAGAACUGUUGUGCCGAAUUGAGAAAUGAUCGGGCAACAAUGAAAGAUCAAGUGGCCAAAUUUAAUGAUCUGCGUUUUGUGGGACGAAGUGGAAGGGGUAAAAGUUUUACCCUUACCAUAACUGUGGAUACAUUUCCCCGACAGGUGGCCACCUAUGCCAAAGCGAUAAAAGUUACCGUUGAUGGACCGCGUGAACCACGCUCCAAAACAAGUAAGUCGAUGUCGAUAAAAAAUAAACGCCACACACAAAUUAGAACAAUGUUGCCUGCACCGCCGCCGCCAUCGUCGUCCUCGUUGUCAACACAACAAAUCCGUCAAUUAACAAACGAAGAAAUACGACUGACAACAACAACAUCGUCCACCUCACCCACAUUAUCCUCCUCCGCGUCGUCAUUAGUAUCGAUGUCCAUAAAACAAUCCUUUCAUUCCCUAUCGUUAGUUAGUCCCCACCGAGAAAUGACGACGGGUGAUUUAAAUGCAUCUGUGGAUACAACAUCCUCACCAGCAUCGCUGCUGAGUGGGGAGAAUUCGGAUUUUGUACAUGCGGCAGAAUUUGAAAGUGGUUUUAUGUCGAAUUUUGUUGAUGUUAAUACAUUAGCGGCGGAGGAUGAUAAUAAAAAUGUUGAGAAUUGGUUAAAUG